AUGUAUGUGAAUGGAACCAGCGACCUUCAUCAUCCAGAACACUCCUCCUCUCUCCCUUCCUCCCUUGCUCGCCUCUCUCUCGAUCUGGAUCGGAGCCGAGCGCCGCGGUCGCCGUGGCUACGAAAUCGUCGCGACCACCCUCCAACCCGAGCUGCGCCAAGGCAUCUAGGAGGACCGGUGCCCUUGUCCUCGUCCAUCUCGAGCACCAGGACGAGCCGGGCCGCCCCGCAGCUCGCCGUCGCCGUCGUCCUUCCCCGCGCACGCUCCUCUGCUUCGCCAUCUCCCUCGAAGCUCCCGACGCCCCCGGACCACCCCGCGUCCUCCCUCCUCGCCGGCAACCGCCGCUAUGUCGGAGUCCAGGAGCCAGAUGCCACCGUUGAUGCCUACUACUACGUGGAGACCGCCGACGAACAGGAGUAGUUAGGAGGCUCCCAGGUAGGAGGCCUU